AUGGUUAUUUGCUCGGCCUACUUCUCUCAUGACGAGGGGGAGGCGGUGCCGCCUGCACCGGUGAUAAAACUGGCAGAAUACUGCCAGGAGAAACGGCUUCCCCUGAUCAUGGGAUGUGACGCUAACGCGCAUCACACCGUGUGGGGAAGCUCGGACACCAACGAAAGAGGAAGAAAAGUGUUGAAGUUCCUAGCAUCUACGGAUCUGGAGAUCUUCAACACAGGAGACGAGCCCACCUUCUGCACUAUAGCGAGAAGAGAAGUGCUCGACAUCACUGUCUGUUCCAGGCAGUUGAUACAGGAGGUAGUGGAGUGGAGGGUCUCGACGGAGCCCUCGCUCUCUGACCAUAGGCAGAUCACCUUCAGGAUAGCUAAGGCUAGGGAGAAGGAGGUCAAAUUCAGGAACCCGAGGAAAACCAAGUGGGACUCCUAUAGGGAAGACCUGGCCAGCAGUCUCAGAGGCUUCCCUAAGAGGCACGGGACAGAAGACGAACUGGAGACCUGUGUGGACUACUUGCAGAGGUCUCUGGUAAACUGCUACGAAAGUAAUUGCCCCGAAAGGGCGGUUACAAAUGAUAGAGGAACUUCCUGGUGGACCCCUGGACUGCAGGGUCUCAGAGUGGCGGCUUGUAGGGUCUGGAACAGAGCUAGGAACACGGACCGCCAAUCCGACUAG